GUAGCUUAGCAACGCGCGAGUCACAGUGGCUGCGCUUGCGCGCCCCAGUCGAGGUUUUCGUCAGGCUCCUCACUGGCUCGUGCCAGGCCAUAGAGGCCCAUGGAGGAAAAGGAGGAAAAGCAGCAACAGCAUAGAAUGGAAGAUUCUGGUAUAAUAUCUGUAACUGAAAAAAAAGAAGAAAUCAAACAUGAAAAAAAAUCUGGAAAAAGCAUACAACAUUCAAAACCAUGUAUCGGGAGAGGACGUGUAUAUUAUGCCAAAUUCAUUAACACAAACGCAAGAACAUACAAUGAACCUGUUCCCUACAUAGAUCCCAAAAAAGGGCCAGAGAAGCAGGGAGACUGGUGGUCACAUGGUAAAGAACUAGAACAUUCCUUCCAGCCGCCUUAUGAUACUAACAGCACCCAGAGGAGUGACUUCCAAAAGCCAUCCUGUCCAUUGGUUUUGCCAGUCAAACACAGCAGGAUACAAAAGCCUUCUUGUGGAAUAGUUCCACUUGCCUCUCCUGAUGUGUCAACAGAACAUCAAAAUAAUUUUAUAGAACGCAUCUCUUUUAUACAUCAAUAUGAUGCCCGGAAGUCUCCGAAUGAGCCUAUCCGGGGAAAGAGACAUGGAACUUUUGUGCAAAGAGAGAUAAAACCAGGGAGUAGGCCAAGAGUUCCUAAGGGAACAGAGGGAUUACUGAACGCUCCAAGGUCAUGUUCAUCCAAACAGUCCAAAAACACAGAGAAAGGAAAUUCAGCGGAAAGCAGAAUGAUCUCACCAGGUCUCUGCCGACAAAAGUCCCAAGAGCUGUUAAAGACUAAAAUUCACUUAUCAGAAACAGAUGUCAGACAGGCAGCCACAGCAUGCCGAAGUCCUGAGAGAAGGGAGAAGAUGGCGAGAAUUUUUCAAAUGGCUCUAGGAGAUGCUGUUCUCACCAGGCGUGAGCCUUUAAAUCCACCAAUAAAAAAGUACAGAUAAAGCAGGGCAAAUUACCUUCUCCAGAUAAGAAAUCCCUGGAAUGUAGAGAUGUUGCAAUCAUUA